CAGAAGACAUGUGGGGAAUGUAUGGCAGCUGGAUCACCUUGUGGAUGGUGCAGUCAAUUGAAUUACGAAUUCCUGGAGAGAUGUGACCUGAAGGAUAACCUACUGAGGAACAAGUGCGACCCGUCCCAGAUUAUGACUGUGCAGAGUUCCAUAUACCUGAAUGAAAACAAGCCACCAAUGGAUUCUGACUCCGUAAAGAACGCCAUACAACUCUCACCUCAAAAAGUUACAAUCAAGUUGAGGCCAAACGACCCGUUCACAUUCAACGUUCACUUCCGACAAGCUGAGAACUAUCCAGUGGACCUCUACUUCCUGAUGGACCUCUCACAGUCCAUGGCCGAUGAUAAGGUCAAGUUGGCCUCGCUUGGUGAUGCCCUUGCUACAGAGAUGAAUAAGAUAACGAAGGACUUCAAACUUGGCUUCGGUUCAUUCGUCGACAAGAAGACAAUGCCCUAUGUCAGUACGGUACCGGCCAAACUGGAAAACCCAUGUGAUGAAAUGCAAGAUUGUGCAGCCCCGUACGGCUUUCGUAAUGACCUCCCACUCGACAUUGACACCUCAAGGUUCAAGGCAAAGGUCAAUGAGGUCAAGGUCUCUGGCAACCUGGAUGCACCAGAGGGCGGAUUCGACGCCAUCAUGCAGGCCAUUGUAUGCCAAAAAGAAAUAGGUUGGAGAAAUCAAUCCAGGAAGAUGUUACUCUUCUCAACUGAUGCCAGCUUUCAUUACGCUGGAGACGGAAAGCUUGGUGGCAUCGUUACUCCGAACGACGGCCAGUGUCAUUUAAAUGCCCAGAAUGAAUACAGCGAGAGUCUCAACCAGGACUAUCCCUCAAUUAGUCAACUGGCUCAGAAGAUAUCUGAAAAGAAGGUGACAGUUAUCUUCGCUGUUACUUCAACCCAGGCAAGGAAUUAUUAUUUCUACAAGACGUUAAGUGAGUUUAUAGAGGGGGCUACGGUCGGGGCUCUGGCCGAAGAUUCCUCGAAUAUCGUGUCACUGGUCAGGGAUAAUUAUAACAAAAUAAGUAGCAGUGUUGAGUUGAAGACGAAAGGUGAAGAGGACACACAGGUUAUCAUCAAGUCAAAAUGUUUUGGGUCAGUUUUGUGUGACACGGCGAAAUGUGAUGACAUCAGAAUUGGGAGCAACGUGACCUUUGACGUGACCUUAAUGGUGACCUCGUGCCCCAAGGACAAAUCAAAAUGGAAGAGAACUUUCUCCAUAUACUCCGUCGGCUUUUCGGAGGAGGUGGUUGUGGAUGUCGAGCUGAUGUGCAGUUGCAACUGCGAAGGCCCGGAUCAAGAGGUGCAACGGAGUGAAGAGUGCAGUCGUGAGGGCACGCUGUCGUGUGGCACGUGCCUCUGCAACAAGGGCUUCUAUGGCAAGAAUUGCGAGUGCUCUUCAGACGAAAUGGGAACCGAUGAUAAUUUAUGCAAGAAGUCAGGGACGAGUACCAGCAAGAUAUGUUCGGGGCAUGGUCAGUGCAUAUGUGGCAAGUGCGAGUGCAACCCCAUCAACCCUUCCGACCCCUCCAAGAAGUACAGUGGCUCCUACUGCGACUGCAAUAACUACAACUGCGACUACGAAGACGGCAAGCUCUGUGGAGGCCCAGAGAGAGGUGUAUGUGUGUGUGGUAGUUGCAAAUGCAAUGAGGGCUUUCAAGGGGCAAGUUGUGGCUGUGCCACGAGUAAGAAGGAGUGCAUAGCUUCUGAUGGGAGUGAAUGCAACAACAAAGGCUAUUGUGAUUGCGGUCGUUGCAGAUGCACUGACGUCACAUACAAGGGCAAGACCUGCGAAGAAUGCCCCACGUGUCCGACGGCUUGUGACGAGAAGAGGGGCUGUGUCCUCUGCAGGGCUUUCAAAGUUUACAGCAAGUUGAAUGAGGAGGAAUGCUCGAAGCAGUGCGAUCACGUGGCUGUCGUUCAAGAGAUUGAUAAGAUUGACGAAACAGUGGGCCAGUGGAGGUACUGCAAGUUCCGUGAUGACAGUGACGGAUGUGACGUGCAGUUCAAGUGGAAUGCCGACAAUAACGAAAUCAAAGUGGCUAAGAGCAAAGGUGACGUCAUCUGUCCCACCCCGGUGAACCUUCUCUGGAUCAUCCUUCCGGUCAUCAUCGGCAUCCUCGUCAUCGGCCUGCUGCUGCUCCUCAUCUGGAAACUCCUCGUCACACUCCACGACAGGAGAGAGUAUGCCAGAUUCGAGAAGGAGAGGGAGAACGCCAAGUGGGAGAUGGGUGAGAACCCGAUAUACAAGCAGGCUACAUCAACGUACAAAAAUCCAACGUAC